AUGGAGCGACUGCUGACGAGUCUUCACGACUUGCUGGACCCAGAAACCGACACCCCUCCCCCGCCCGACGCGCCCAAGCCCUUCUUCCCGCUGAGCCUAAAGUGCUCGAUCCUGCACAACGUGGCAUGCGGCCUGACCUACCUCCACGAGCGAUCGCCGCCCAUCAUCCAUCGCGACUUGUCGGCCAGAAACGUUCUCCUGAACUCGGGGAUGGUGGCCAAGAUAGCGGACCUGGGUGUGGCUCGUAUCGUGCCUCGUAUGCGAGUUGCAGCCACCAUGACAAAGGGACCUGGAGCCAUAAUUUACAUGCCUCCGGAGGCCAUGGAAAGCAAACUUGAGGAGGAAAACGAGGAAGAGAAAGACAAAUAG